AUGUACCCCUUCUACCCAACCCCGUUCUUGGUCGGCUUCGUGCUGACGGCCGAAGCGCUGGCACUCCCACUUGCUUCUCCUGCUCUCGAAGAAGUUUACUCUGCGACUAUGCCCCUGUCAUCCAUACCCACUUCGUCUGCCAGUACGAAGGAGAUGCCCGACGAUCCAGAAUCCGACACCAUGUCAUUUGACUUGCGUGGCAUGCCUCUCGUCGCCAGUCCCGAGGACGCCGAAAUGUCCGAACGGGCCUCAAGGCAUCUUCCGAAUCCUAGUACGAUCCCUCUCCUCGGCCGUGGUGACGAAGAUCCCUCCGCGAAUUUGAGCAACGCGAGCACCGACUCGUGCCAAAUCGCCGUGGGCCUUUUGCGAGAAGACUUCGCGGGACACGGACUACCACUCACAAGCCUGGUCAUCGAAUCGUCCACCUUACUACUGCUCGCCGGAUAUGUGCUCUACUUUCUAUGUCGCACCAAGCUCCGGCGCCGGCCAAUGGUCUAUCUUUCCGCCGCUAAUACUCCCGUUUCUUUCACCUUCCCGCACCGGGAAUCCAUCUUCAAGCACACGCCGCCCACCGCAGCUCAACCCAGCAUCGCGUCGCUCUCGAAGAUCGACGAGGACUCCCUCCCGCCCACGCCCACCCAGUCCGCGCCCGGGUUCUACUCGCACCUGGCCGCGCUGUCUCCGCUGCGCGGACCGCCCAGCAGCCCCGCCCGCGCUGUGUCGCGCGCUGCGUCCUUCUGCACGCGCUCGGGAUCAAGCUCUACUGCCUGCGAAGGCGGCAGCCUCGAGAAGAAGUCGAGCUUUCUUUCGCUGAAGGGUUGA